UGUAGUCAUGGCGGCUGGGGACCAGCUUGGUGCCGCAGAAGGUUUGAAAGGACUCGCUCGACAUUUAAACUGUUUAAAUGAAGACAACAAAGCGACACGAAAAAGGGCUUUAGAGCAAAUACGAGGGGAAACUGUGGAGAAGCGGCUGUCCAGCAGCGUGCUACAAGAGAUUUUUACCGCCGUCCUGAAGCCUGUUUUGAACUGUGUGUCAGAUCCGAUGGAAAGAUGCCGAGAAAUCGCGAUAACCCUGAUCACAGACUUUAUUCGUUGUGUCCAACAGCCAGAGGAGUCGUUGCCUUAUUUGAUGCCCUGCCUGGCUCAGCGGUUCGGGGGCAAAGAGCUGCUGGAACCGGCAGAGGAGCUUCGGCUAGCAGCCUUGGAGUUGUUGACGCUCACAGUGGAAGUGUGCGGGAAGCACCUAGGGCCGUUUCUCACUGAAAUGAUCUGUAUUCUACACAGAACCAUCGUCGACCCCUUUCCAGAUGUUAGAAGAGAAAGCUGCAAAUGUGCCAUAAAAUUUGCGAACUCUGUGCCAGAGCACUUUCACUUGCAAGCUGAGAGUCUAGUGAGCCCACUUAUGCAGACCAUUGCUCAUCACCACUCCCGUGUACGAGUGUCUGUAAUCGAAGCUACCGGAGUGGUAAUCCAGCAUGGCACUGGGAAAAACCUAAAUGACGUCCUCUCUCACCUGUCGCAGAGGCUGUUUGACGACUCGCCACAGGUGAGAAAAGCUGUGACUGCAGUUGUUGGUGACUGGCUGCUCCACUUGAGAGAUAGGUAUUCGUAUUUCCAUAAACUGAUCCCACUCCUGCUGAGCAGUACCAGUGAUGAGAUCCCAGAGAUCAGACUUCUCGCAGAUAAUUUGUGGAAGCAGGUUGGCGCCCAGUGGGAGAAGGAGAAUGAGGACGACAUCAAGGACAAGAUGGACUUCCUCCUGAUGCCACAUUCCUUUUACCCAUCAGAAGUGGAGCGUCCAGGGCUUGGCUGCCGAGAGUUGGUGGUGAGGAACCUGGGCAGAUUGAUGUCAGCCAUCACCCACGACAUGACUGACUGGCUCGUACCAACGCGAGUCAAGACCUCCCAACUCCUCUCUGUACUGCUGCUCCAUGCAGAGGAUCACAUCACCCAGCACCUCCAGCCUCUGCUGGCCACUCUGUACCGUGCUUGCACAGACUCAGAGAGGGACGUGGUCAGUAAUUGCUUGGCAGCUGCUAAACUGCUGGGGACCUUUGUUCCUCCUGAAGUGUUACUCAAGCUGCUGUUGGAUCAUGUGGCAUCACCACCUUCUCCCUCCCACCCCUGGGCACCCCUCAUGAUUCUGGCUGCUGUACUGGGAGGCUGCUCCAAACCCCUCCUUAAACCACACCUCCACCAUAUCGCCAACACACUGACCCAACAUGAAGUCUGCCAGGAAUAUCAACAGGUUAUGUACUUGGAGCAAUUGUUGGCGUGUGUAGAUGCUCUCCUCCUUCAGUGUGAUGCAGAUUGUGCCUCAGUCAGCCUGCAGCUGCUGCAGGUGCUGGUGACCAUCCAGAGUCUCCUCACUGAACCGAACCAGAAUCCUCUGAGCGAUAAGGCCCUGCAGAGUGUUCGGUGCUUGUGUGAGGUGCAGGGCCUGGAGUCAGUGGGGGCGCUCUAUAGACAACAUAUCGGCCAGCUGCUGGACUGGUUGUCUGCUUCUGUCAACACUUGGACCAGUUACUCCCCACAGAGGCUUCAACUGAAUGUCAUAGUCAUGCAGUCAGGUCCAGCAAUUGGGGAGAGUGUGAGCCAGCUGAUGCCGCUGCUCCAGACCUGUCUCCAGCCAACCAGAGACCCUGAGAUGAGGAUGAGCAUCUUCGUAAUGCUCGCCAAACUACUCUUGGAUGCCACCAACACACUGGACUCAAAGGGCCAUUUCCGUUGUGAGGCAGACAAGUUCCUGCAUGAUGUCCUGUGUCCUAACCUGGUGUGGCACGCGGGUCGCACUGCUGCAGCUGUUCGCACCUCGGUACUCAGUUGUCUGCUGGCCCUGCUGCAUGGAGGGUCCAUAACACCUGGACAGCUGUUGGCAGUGGAGGAGAAGCUGUGUCCACAGGUGUUGUCAGCCCUGGAAGAGGACUCUCCGAGGGCCAGGUUGUUUGCCUGUCGCUCUCUGUCCAUCAUACUCAAACUUAUUGGACAGAGUCUCCACCCAGAGGCCCUCAACAAGAUCUACCCUGACCUGCUCAAGCGUCUGGAUGACAGCAAUGAGGAAGUACGUGCCUUUGCUCUGCAGGCUCUGGAUGUGUGGCUCUCCAGCCUGACCAAAAAGUACAACCCUGAGUUCUGUGCUCCUCACCUGCAGUUCCUCUUCCAGCAGCUACUCAUACACUUGGACGACCCCGACAGCUCAGUGCAGGACCAAGUGCUCGAUGUCCUGAAGACGGGCAGCUCAGUCCACCCGACACUUCUGAAGGAGGAGGUGGAAGCAGUGAGGGCCAAACACCGCAGUCCUUUCUACUGUGACCAGCUGCUGCAGCACAUCAGUGCACUGCCCAGCGGCACUAGGGCAGACUGUUCUGACAGAAUCUAUUUCUGACCUUUAUUUCAAAUGGUUCAAUGAUUUAAAUGAUUAGUCUCUAAUCAGUUCAGCAGAAUAUAUCUUUAGAUUUUUACUGUUUGACUUGUUCCAGAAUGCCCCCCCCUCCCCUUUUUUGUUUGUUUGUUUGUUUGUUUCUUGGGUGAGCUGUCAACUUAUGCUUAUUGGAUUUUUGUUUGGCAGGUCAUUUCUUGGAAGACUGACCACUGUUAGAAGUCUUAACUAAUUUUCGACAUGAGCGCACAGUCUUCCACUCAGUACACGCAGCACAACUGUCACCUGUUGUUUCAU